GAGAGUGUAAAAGAGAGAGAGAAAGUGCAAGGGACAGACGUGGAGCCGAGCUGAGGGAGCCACGCAGACGUGGAUCUGAGAGGAGAGAGCAAGAAAGAGAACGAGAGAGAGAGACAAACAGUAUCCUGAGAGGAUCUGAGAAACACAGUGGGACCUGACCUUCCUCCAUUUGGUUUCUCACCUAGAGAAAGGAAAGUUAAAACUCCACAUGGGACUUUAAUGACAGAGGAGCCACGCCAUACUGGACUGGAGUGCAUCGGAGUCAAAGGAUUUAGAGAGAGAUACUGAGGUAACACUUGUUACUUUUUUCCCCGUGUGAUCAUUGAACUAUCCAUGCAUGUCCAGGUGUCACGGUAGUAAACAAAGCCCCGAGUAGAGAUAGAGCUAGUUGACUGUUGGAACUGCAGAGCACAGUGACCAUGUCCUUCGCCAUGGUGCGGCCGGCGCCCAACCGGUACCUAUACUCAGACAUCUCCAUGUUGUCCGAGGACGAGGAGAAUGGAAGCGAGAGCUCGGGCUCGGACGACCGCUCCUUUAGGCUGGACGCCAGAGGCUAUGACAUCAAGGUCGGGGGCCGCAAACGGAAGCCGGGCAGUGCUGGAGCAGGGCGUCUGGGAGGGGGUCAGCUCCCGCCUCAGAUGUUGCUCUCGCAGGACGGCUCCAUCUCUCCAACGACUGGGCUGCCGCGGCAGCGCAACGCAGCCAACGCGCGGGAACGGGACCGCACCAACAGCGUGAACACGGCCUUCACCGCCCUGCGGACCCUCAUCCCCACCGAGCCAGCCGACAGGAAGCUGUCCAAGAUCGAGACGCUGCGGCUGGCGUCCAGCUACAUCUCCCACCUGGGCAACGUGCUGCUGGUCGGGGAGACAUGCGGGGACGGGCAGCCAUGCCAUGCUGGAGCGACCUCCUCUGCCCACUAUUUACAUCAGCAUGGAUCCCCGGCCCACGACGCAGAGAACUCCCAGCCUAAACAGAUCUGCACAUUCUGCCUCAGUAACCAAAGGAAAAUGAGCAAAGACAGAGACAGGAAAACUGCUCUAAGAAGUUAAUAUCUGGAGGACGACAGAGGGAAGAAACUGACUUGAUGAGCACAGCAUAUGAACCAGAACUGUGGACCAGAAACGUGACAUUCUUAAAGGUGUACAUAAAUCAAAAUCUGUAUUUAAUUAUACGCCCCCCCCCCCCCCCCCCCCCAAA